AGCUGAGUCACAAGGAAGUACAGUGUUUACAAUGUAAAGCCUAAGCAGCACGUCAGUCAGUGGCGCCUCUGAAAGCUGGCUUGAUGGAUGCGUUUGAUUUUGAACCGGGGAAUGCAGAAGAGUUUGAAUGUCCCAUCUGCAGGGAUGUCUUAUUUGAUCCUGUUUCCUUGCCGUGUAAGCAUGUGUUCUGUCAUUUGUGUCUCUCCAGUUCAAUCCAAACACGAAACCACUGUCCGACAUGCCGUGGCCAAGACACCACCACAGUGCAGGCCAACGAUGUCAUUGCACGGAUGACCUACAAGACAGCCACCUGCAAGACAUGUGGUGUUCAGGUACCUCUCUCACUAGUUAAAAAGCAUCGUGCAGAACAUGACAAUGAAAGCACUACACAUUUUCCCUUUGCCAAUUCUGAAAUAUCCAAUGCAGACUGUUAUGAGUUCCUGACCUUCCAGUGUCCUUACUGCAAUGAGGAUGGAUUGAAUGAGCCAAGUCUGAUCUGGCACUGUAAUGAGUUCCAUCGAAAUGACACCAGAAGAGUGGUAUGUCCGAUUUGUGCCAGCAUGCCUUAUGGAGACCCAUCUUAUCAAAGCAGAAACUUCUUAGGACAUCUUAACUUAAGACAUUCAUUUUAUGUGCAAGAUUUUAUGGAUGUUUCACAGGAUGAUGCAAUAAAUGAGCAGGCAAUUCUCCUGGCAUCUUACAAUUCAUGUAUGCAAUGAACCAGCUCGGAGUGCAAUAAUCUACAAAAUGCAAUACAUAGAAUGGAGGAUGAUCAGUUUAAAAACACAUGCAGCAUAUUUUGAGGUCUUAAUGUUUUUUUACAUUUCCUCCAAUUAUUUUCACAUACUGUAGACACCCGACAGCAAUUUAACACGUAGCAUUUAUGGAAUUAUUGCAGUUAAUGAAAAGGAUACUCUGAACAAACUUUAUAUCUUCUAGAAGCAAAAGCUGCACGUAGUAGUGGUGGUCUUUAGUUACUGACAAUAGUAUUCUUAUCUUUGUAAGUCAAAUAACAUACUUGGAAUGCAUUUCUCACCUUCAACUUUAUAGUAAUACGCACAUUCAGGAGUUCACAGCGGCUGAUCUACUGCACAUUCUUAUUAUAACAAGCUCUCAGGAACAUUUUUUUUUCUGUAUUCUUAAUGUCAUUCAUAUGCUUGUAAAAUAUUUUUGAGAAUAUUGCAUAUUAAGUUGACAGCCUUUAAGUCAAGACACUGGACCUUAGAGGUGACACAAGUUUGUGACAUCUGUGACUCCACACUUACCUGUCACACCUUAAUUUAGUUAUUUAGUACUUCAUUACUGAGUUUAUGAUACCAUACCCAUACCUAUACAGUAAUCACACUAUGAUGCCACACUGUAACCAGGCGUAGUGACACAUACAGUACCUUACAGUGUAUCCUGGUCGACUUACAUUACAACAUGUCAUCUGCCAAAUAUCCUGGUUAUGUUUAAAGAAAUUGCUCGCUAAUCAGCCUCUGCUAUUCACCAGGUACUACUGUGUAAUAAAAAUAAAUUGCAGCUAUAUAAGAAAUUAAACUGAUUUUUUUUUUUAUA